ACUCACUCACUGUUGCAGGACACGGGAGGUCCCCGUAUGUCACUGGAGGACGCUAUCCGUCUAAUCCAGAUCCACGAGCGCGCGAGACAGGGUCGUCUGCGUGCGGAGAUCAUGCUACGGAUAACGGAGAACUCCAGGAGAAGCCGGAAACAACCUCCCACGCUGCACCCGGAUGUUGCGGCAACUACCAUUCAGAAGGUUUGGAAGGGGUUUGCCCAGCGACGUCGGACACGAAGGGACAGGGAAGAGGAAAUGACCUUUCUGGGCAUGGCCACCCCGUCUAUCCAGGUAAACCUGAAGAACACGCCAAUGUCCCUGGCCCUGAGGACGGAAGAGACGCGGCGACGCGUGCAGGAGCGUCACGAGAUAGAGUACCAGCAGGCCCUGGAAGUGAUCCGAGACAAGAUCCGGGACACCGAGGGACCCGACAUCAAGGACAACAUGAUGGAUCAGAUCAGACAGUGGUUCAUCGAGUGCAGAGACGUCACAGGGAAGUUUCCGGAAUAUCCCGAGGAGGAUGACGGGGGUUCAGCCUCCAUCUUUAAGAUGAAGACACCGGAAGAAUUAGAAGAAGAACUGAAGGAGAAGGAAGAAGCCAAAGAUGGAAAAAAGAGCAAAAAGGGAAAGAAGAAGAAAGAAAAGAAAGGCAAAAAGGGAAAGAAAGGGAAGAAAAAGAAGGAGGACGAUGGUGAGGAAGAAGAGGAAGGCUGGAAGAUGGCACCGUCGAACUUCGUCCCGGCUGUUUGUGAUGGAUCCAACGCUUAUAGAGACGUCUGGCAACGACGCGACGAGAGCGGCAACUACUCCCAGCAGUACGACACGGAGUUGGUGAGGGAGGAGAAGCGACAUGAGGUGGAGGAUGAUGUCAGAGUUCAGGUGGAUGAACUGAUGAGGGCUGAACUGAAGAACCUCAAGAUGACAGUUGACCGAGACAAAGGAAAGAAGAAGGGAAAAAAGAAAGGAAAAAAGAAAGGGAAGAAAAAGAAAAAAGGAAAGAAAGGGAAAAAGAAGGAGAAAGACCUGACCCCUAACAGGACCACCGAAGACCUGUACGAGGAACUGGUGACUCAAGGCAUCAUCAUCCGGGCCCCACAGGUCAAGCUGUCCGACUUUGAAGGAGACUACAGCUAUCUGGGGACCACUCUUAGGGACGCGGGAGUCGAACCCAUGCCUUCCCUCAGUGACGUCCGACGGCUUGUCGCAGAGUUCGGCAUACUGCCACUAGGUUCAGCUGCAGUGCACGAGAAUGUUCCUCUCACCAAGUCCAUCAUGCUGACAGGACCACGUGGUACAGGCAAGCGGAUGUUGGUCCACGCUAUUUGCCAGGAGACGGGAGCCAACCUGUUUGACCUGAGUGCUGCCAACCUGGCUGGAAAAUACCCCGGGAAGGACGGUCUGAAGAUGCUGAUGCAUCUUGUCUUCAAGGUUGGCCGUGCUCUGCAGCCCUCGGUGUUCUACAUCAGUGACUGUGAGAGGAUGUGCAAGAAGAAAGUGCCCAAGUCAGACCCAACUGAUCCGAAGCGUCUGAAGAAGGAGCUGCCCAAGGCCCUGAAGACCAUCAAGUCUGAAGACCGUCUGCUCCUUGUGGGGACGACCAGAUGUCCGUUUGAUGGGGAGAUGAAGACCCUGAUGAGCUGCUACAACCGGAUCAUCCUCAUCCCCCGACCAGACUACGCGUCCAGACACUUGCUAUGGCGGCGCCUCAUCACCAAGCAUAACGGUGUGUUGACCAACCACCUGGACGUUAGUUCGUUGUCCAAGGUGACGGAUGGCUACACACCCGGCCACAUGGUGACGGCCGUCCAGCAGGUGCUCACUGACCGCCGUAUCCAGCAGCUGUCCAAGAAGCACUUGCAGGCUGUGGAGUUCGUAGCACCGCUAGCCAGGAUUGACCCAGUCUUCGCCGAGGAGGAAGACUCCUUUAAGGCCUGGUAUGCCAAGACGCCCAUGGGCAAGAAGCGAGCCAAGCUUGCUGAAGGUAACGAAGAGGAAGGGAAAGGCAACGGCAAGGGUGACAAAGGCAAGAAGGGCAAGAAAGGAAAGAAGGGGAAAGGGAAGAAAGGAGGGGAAGAAGGGGAAAAAGAAAAAGAAGAAGAAAUAGAUGGUGACUUUUGUGUCAGAUGAAAUAUCCAGAUACUCGUCCAGAAGUAUAGAUGUAGGGGGAUUGUUUCAUCAAUGGUUGUAAGUUUUGAAUAUGCAAGUUUAGGAGUUUGAAAUAUACAUGAUUUUCAAGUAUAGUCUUUUGAAUGUGGUAUAACCUGAGUGGUAUGGUUUUUAUGUGUGUAAUUAUUGCUGAUCACAUUAAAGGCCAGGGACCCGUUUCACAAAGCUCUCGUAGCGCUACGACUA